CUGAAAUGUAAGCCAUAAAACUACCAAAAUAUCUUCAAGAGUGAUUGUGUGGGAUCAUCUGGGAUGGAGCCCGGUUCAACAGGAAGAGGAGAGUGGCAGUUGUAGAAGGGUGGCUGUUAUGGGGAGGUAGGGGGUAAUAUGACACCUGUUUUUUCAGGGGAAGGGGGUGGGUUCAACGUUUUUAAUUAUUGCGUAUUGUCGCAUGUAAAUACAUAACACAAUCAAAAUAUAUCAAUAAAACAGAACCAAACAGAAACCAACGAUGUGCAGUAUGGAUCAUGUUUUCUGUCAGAUGUAUUAGAAUAAAAAACUCUCCACUGGGACAAAAAGUGGCUGCUGUAGAAUGGUGUUCGUUAGUGGGGGUUUGACUGCACUAUCUUUUCAAGUCUCAGUUUUCAAAAUAGAAUUGUUAAUGAGAAUAUUUUUAUGCAUUAAACAUACUACUGGCUGUUAUGAAAAUUUUUUUUUUUCUUCAGAUACCAAAUUUUUUUCACUUGACUCCUAUUGCUGUUGAAAGACACUGUGCAGCCUUGAAAUCAUUAUGUACUGAAUGGCCACAUAACCUUGAUCUUUCUACUGUACCAUUACGAAUCACGACCAAAAACUACUUAUUUGCGGGACCAUCACUUUACCAUCCUGGAUCAAGAAUAGUUAAACUUCAGGUAUUGUUGACUCACUCCCAGUUUUGGUCCCUAGCAUUUGUUAACUGUAGAUUUCAAUUUCUUGUAAAUGUUCACAUGUGUUUAUAUUGUGUUAAUGUUAUUGUGCAAUAGUUAUGUAUAUUCAGUCAUAGUUUUAGCCCUUUUAUUGUUUAUUAUGAUACUAGAUAGUGUUAACUAUUCACUAUUUAGUCCCUUUGUAAGAAAAAAAGGUUCUGGAUAAACUUUUGGAUUUAUGAACAAUACAGGUUCUUGUUAUCCUCACUGAUAUAGGCAUAGUUAUAUAGCCAUAUUGAUUAUGAAACCUGACAAAUUUCUUUGUUGUAUUUUUUUGUUUGCAU